AUGUGUGACAAUCGUGGCGACCGAGCUAAGCAAGAUUUAAUAGAUGCCUGUCGUACACGAUACAAAGAUGACAUAUACGAACAAAACCGUAUAACAGAAUUUGAACAAACUUAUAAGACUGGUGAAGCAAUUCAUUGGUACACAAAGGAUAGUUUCCUCUAUCGAUGUUUGAAUCGUGCUUUUCGCACUCUAGACAUUGAUGUCAUCUAUCGAUUUCGAUUUAUCAUCGCUGAACUACAUGAACAGCUAGACAGUUUAACGCGUGCAUCUACGUCUGAUCUUGUAGUAUACCGAGGCCAGAUCAUUAGUACGAAGGAUAUGAAACUUAUUGAAAGAUAUCAAGGAAAAGGCUUUAUCGCAAUGAAUACAUUUUUAUCGACAUCAGAGAAUCCUAGUCAUGCAACAGGUUAUUCGUCAGUCAAUAUGGAUUUACCUGAAGGAUUAGAAUCAGUACUGUUCCGGAUUGACGUUCGUCAAACACGACAACCAUUCGCCAAUAUUGACAAAUUAAGUGCAAUGCCAAAGGAAAAAGAAAUUCUUUUUUCUACAGGUACCGUUUUUCGAAUUGAUGAGGUAGAAAACUAUGGUAUUGGUUAUGAUGUUCAUUUGACAUCGACUACAGAAAUUGAAGAGCGUUUCGAUGCUCUCUUUCAACAUUAUUUAGAUGAAAUAGGUGCAAAGCCAACAUUGGCUACUUUGGGUAAAUUUCUGAUGAUGAAAGGUGAUUACAAUCGAGCAGAACAUUAUUUUCAAUUUCUUAUUGAUGAAAAUGGGCUUGAACUCGACAAUGAGGGUCGUGCUAUUUGUUAUAUGAAUCUUGGUCGUAUCUCUGACGAAAAAGGAGAGCAUGAACGAGCAUUGAAUUACUAUUAUCAAGUGUUGACUGUGCAACAAAGUACACUUCCCAAAGAUCAUAUAAACUUUUCUACGACUUACAACAAUAUUGGUGCCGUACAAAUGGUCCAAGGACAAUAUAAAGAAGCUAUCGAAAACUUUCAACAUUCUCUUGAUAUCGAUCUUUCACACCAAAAUGUUGAACCGAUAAUGACCGCUAAGAUAUACAGUAACAUGGGUCAAGCUUAUGCUGAAAUACGUGAUUAUGCCAAAGCAAUCGAAUACAGUGAAAAAUCGUUAAAAAUAGAACUACAAAAUAAUCGUAAUACCAUGAAACAUCCUUCAAUAGCAAUUGAGUACCAUAAUUUAGGUUUAUUGUAUGAAGAAAUGAAUCAACAUGAAAAAGCUAUUGAAUAUUAUGAAAAAGCGAUAACUAUUCAAAAAGCAUCGCUUCCACUGGAGCAUCCGUCGACCAUAAUAUCUGAAAGUGAUUUAGCUAAUGCUUAUUUUCAAUCAGGACAACGUCAAUUAGGUUUGAAGAAAUGCUUGAAAGUGCUGGAUGCUAAAUUAAAACAGCGCUCUCUUAAUUUUCCAUCGUUGGCUAAAUCCUAUAUAAAUUUAGGUACUAUGUAUGAAGAUUUGGGUAGAUUAAACAAAGCUGAAGAAAAUCUAAAAAAAUCUCUACAUAUUUGUAAGCGUUAUCUGACUAAUCAUCAUCCGGAUAUAGCAACAACUUAUCAAAUGUUAGGUGAUGUUUAUGAUGGGAUGGGUAAGAGAAAGAAAGCUUUAACUAAUUAUCAGCUAAGUCUAGAAGUAUAUGAACGACGAAUACCGCUUAAUUUAACGGCAAUGGCGAACGUUUAUAUCAGAAUGAGUGCCGUAGAAGAAAACUCGAUGAAAGCGAUUGAUUAUGGAAGAAAAGGAGUGUCCAUAUUGCUUGACGCAGACAAAAUCGAUAAGGAAGCAUUAGCUUUUGCGUAUAAUGCUCUUGGCUCUACACUUUUAGAAGCUAAACAGAUAGAAGAAGCCAUGAUAAACUGUACAAAAGCAUUGGAUUUAGGAUUCGAGUUGGUUAAUGGUGAUACAAGUCAUCCAUCGCUUAAUAGUUACUAUCAUAACCUUGGUGCUAUCUAUAGUCAACAAGGCGAACUAGAAAAGGCACUUGAAUAUCAGCAGAAAGCAUUGGAGAUAUUUAUCAAAAAGGUAGAAGAUCCUCAACAUCCUGAAACAGGUCAAAUGUAUAAUAAUUUGGCCAUUACGUAUCAUGAACUCAAGAAAUAUCAACUAGCGUUGGAGUUCUUUGAGAAAGCUAUUAAUAGCUUUAAGCAACCGAGUGCCGAAAAUCCUCGUCUGCUUGCUCAAACUUAUAUAAAUAUUGGAUCAGUCUAUGAAGAUCUGGAUGAAUGGCAAAAACAAGCGGAAUACUAUAAAAUGGCGCUGGAUGUGCAAUUGACACAACUUGAACCCGAUGAUGCUGAUCUAGUUUUGACUUAUUCGUCUCUUGCUGCUAUCUAUGAGAAUCGUGAGAAUUAUGCAACUACUUUAGAUUAUCUUGUGCCUAUGUUGAAUAUCCAAACGGAAAUUCUAUCAAAGUACGAUCUUGAGCUUGCUGAUACUCACGAGAGAGUUGGAACAUGCUAUCAUCUCACCAAAAACUAUAAAAAGGCACUGAAACAUUAUAGGAAAGUACUUAAAAUUCAACGCCGGCAAAGAGAACCGCUAACAUCGAUCUAUCAAUCACUCGGCAAUACUUACCGAGAACUGAAACAGCGAAAAACAGCAUCCAAAUACUACCAAAUGGCCAUAGAGAUUAUCAAUGAGAAAGACGAGACUAGUCGAACCAUUGAUGAGCAUGCAGAUUUGUGUCAAUUAUAUCGAAGACUUGGUAUUAUUGAGCGACAAUUAAAACAGUUUGACAAGGCCAUGGCACAUCUAAAACAAUCGUUGGCUUUAUACGAUAAAUUUCUAGCCAAUGAUAAUCAAUAUAAUGAACUUGUACGAGGCAUAUUAGAAUCAAUGGCUAAAGUUCAUGAAGCAACAGGGAAUAUGUCGCUGGCUGAAGAAUGUCGAUAG